AUUUCCGCAUGCUUGGUCUACUACGAUCACAACCUCCACCACUACGGUGUCUGUUUCACUCCUCUGUCGCUUCCCGCCACCUCGUUGGCCCCCCUGACCCUGUCUCCCAUCUACGCCCCGUUAUAUAUGACGAUGUCCCGCCGCCUCCGCCGCCAUCUCUGCUCAAGCAUCCGUAUUCAUUAGCAGAGUUCGACCCAGAGCCUCCGGUCGGAACGGGAGCCUACGACAUUCAGUGGAAGCUCGAGCGACAGCAAUUAGAUGACCUCGACCAAAAUUUCUGGCUAGAUAGCAAUAUUCGAUUCGAAGGCGGUAAAGAAGCCGUUCUGGCGAGCUUACCAUCAACUGCGACUCCGAUAGAUAAAGAGAAGGCGCUUUCCGAGUUUUACAAGCAGUGGGUGAUGCAGGAAACGGAUCGGACAGAGCAAUACACACGUGAAUGGCGAGCAAGGAAUGUAUCAUGCAUCCUGUUCGCCGCCCGGGUUGCAAUGGACAGGCUGGGCAAAAUGAUCACCUUUUGGAGAUGAGAGAGAAUUAGUUCUAUAUACUUUGGUGUCUAUCACAACGUUGUAGCUACAUGUAAUUCAGCUCAGCCAAUUUUUCAGGUUAGAC